UGCUUAAGAUGAAUACUUAAUAUUCAUUAUACGAAUUAAACGAACUAAAUAAUUCUGAUACUUUAAUAUAAUAAUAAUACAACUCUGAAAACUUAAAAUAGUGGCAAGUUAAACCAAUUUUUAUCAUCGUUUUAUGUGGAUAUCUAAUACGGAGGAUGAAUAUUUAAUACUCUUUAUAUGAACUAAAUGAAGUAACAUUUUCUGGGAGGUGUUCGGUACGAGUUUUCAGUGUUGAUUACAGUGGCAAAAAGGCCGACAAAAUAGAGUACCCUGGUGGUAGCGGUAUGUAUGGGGGCGGGACGGGUGGUGGCGGGUAUGGGGUAGGUUUGGGCCCAGGAGCGGGUCCAUCGCAUUACAUACCCUCCGCCACGUCCGUCGGCUACCAAUUGCCGCCCCCGCCGCCUCCGCCGGCGUGUCCCAGCGCCGGAGGUCAGCUGCUCUCUUACGGGCCUAACCUGUCGCCCCAUCAUAUGCAACAGACCCAUGGGGACGCGCAACAGUCGAAAAGAAGGAGAUCCGACGAGGAUGAUCCUAGCGGAUGUAAAUAUAGAAGGCUGGAGAACGAGAAUGUACAGGACAAAGAAAGAUUUGCGAGUAGGGAGAAUCAUUGCGAAAUUGAACGGCGGCGGCGGAACAAGAUGACCGCCUAUAUUACCGAAUUGUCCGACAUGGUGCCGACGUGUUCAGCCCUCGCCAGGAAACCGGACAAAUUGACCAUACUCAGGAUGGCGGUCGCCCACAUGAGAAAUCUCAGAGGAAACACCAGCUCAGAUGGUGCGUACAAGCCUUCGUUUUUAACCGAUCAAGAGCUGAAGCACCUGAUUCUGGAGGCGGCGGAUGGCUUCCUCUUCGUCGUGAACUGCACCAGCGGCAUGAUCAUCUACGUAUCCGAUUCCGUGGCGCCUGUUUUGAAUUACACUCAAAACGAUUGGUACGGCACCAGCCUCUAUUCACAGGUCCAUCCGGACGAUACAGAAAAAGUGAAGGAACAACUGAGCGGUGCCGAACCGGAAAACGGAGGCAGGGUACUUGACUUGAAAACAGGAACAGUGAAAAAAGAGGGACAAUCAUCGAUGAGACUGUGCAUGGGCUCGAGGAGAGGGUUUAUCUGUCGCAUGAAAGUUGGGAACAUGCAGACGACUGGCGACAUGGCUGCCGCCCAUGGUCUCCACCACGUGAAGCAGAGGAACUCUCUCGGUCCUCCAGCUCGCGAUGGUCAAAAUUACGCCGUAGUUCAUUGUACAGGGUACAUCAAAAGCUGGCCCCCAAACGGUGAUUUUGUUCCCCCAUGUGUACCAGGUAUGGGACUAGCUGACAGAGAGGCUGUUCAAGUCGGACAUGAUGGGGUGGUUGCAGAUGAGAACGUUAGCACUCACUGCUGCCUGGUUGCCAUUGGGCGAUUACAGGUCACCAGCACACCGAAUAGUAGCGAUUUAGCGGGUUCGAACAGCAAUAACGAAUUUAUUUCACGCCAUUCAGCAGAAGGUAAAUUUACCUUCGUGGACCAAAGAGUCGGUGGAAUUCUAGGGUAUACGCCGUCCGAGCUCUUAGGUCAUCCGUGCUACGAAUUCUUUCAUCCAGAAGAUUUGACGCAUAUGCGAGAAAGUUUUGAGCAAGUAUUGAAGCUGAAAGGACAAGUGGUGUCUGUAAUGUACAGAUUUCGAGCCAAAAAUCGUGACUGGGUGUGGUUAAGGACGUCUGCAUUUGCAUUUUUAAACCCGUACAAUGACGACGUUGAAUACAUUGUCUGCACGAAUACACAUGCCAAGUCGUUCCAUCCUGGUAGUGAUGGUCAGACAGAAAAUGAAGCUGUACCUGCUUAUGGACAACCUGGCCUAGAUUAUUCCCUGCAGAGACAUCCUACAAGGGAUCCCCUCUAUUCUGGGCAUCAUAUGAUGCAGCAUCCAGCAGCUGUUGCUACAGCUGGUCCUCAACAACCUAGGCCGUCCAGUACACAAAAUGUUUAUCAGGGAUAUGAAACGACACAGUCGCCCAUAGCUUAUGGUUCACCUGGUCAACAAAGCGCAUCUUCUUCUGUUUUAAGUAGAAUUCAGAAACCAGCUAACACAUCACCAACCCCUGUGCAACAAGCUUGGGCUAUUGGAAGACAGCAACCUGUAACAGAAGGAUACCAAUACAAUCAGUUAAGCCCUUCGAGGUCACCAAAUGGACCAACAUAUACUCAGUUAAGUAGCGGUGCUAGGACACCAGCUACACAAUAUCAUGCAGUCACAACUGUACCUAACAACCCCGGUAUGUGGGGAUGGCAGAGUCAGCAACAUCAAGCACCUCAACAAGAUGGCGGACAAUCAAAUCCUCAAGUGGCCGGACAAGCACAACAGCCUCAUCCUUCCCAAGGUGGACCUGGCACACAACCUCAGGAACUGUCAGACAUGUUACAAAUGCUCCAAGACCAGGGUGGGGCGUCCGGUUUCGAGGAAUUAAAUAUGUUCAAUACUAAUUUCGAGUAGCGACAAGAAAACAAUAUAGCCGAUAAACAUCUACCUUAAGGAAGCUUUAAGGUUCGAAUUUCAUUGGUAGAGUCCCGGGAUCGCUCGAAGUAUCGUAAAUCACACUUUUACUCGAGCAAUUAAUUACGAUAUGAGAAUUCGCCAGUCAGCACCUCACGCGCAAAACUUUAAACGAAUUAACUAACUUCACAAUAAGUUUAUCUGAAUUUUAUAAACUGAUUUGUUAACGCAUCUGUUUUACGAGAAGUUUUUAUUUUAUUGAUUAACAGUACAAUUUUAACGAUCGUACGACAGCGCAAUAAAUUAUUCGAAAUUCGUGAAUAUCGUUUUGCAAAAGUGCCAUGAAAUGUCAUAUUGGGAAAAUAUAAUAUGGAAAGUGGGGACUUAUAAUAUGCACAGAUGGAUCAGUUGAUGAGAUACAGGUUUUAGCGUUUGAUAUGACAAAUAACACAGAGGGAUUUUCUGAAAGGAAAUUAUAAUUUAUAUUUUUAAGUCUUCUUUUUUCGUUUGCUUGUUACAACUGAAAUGUAAGUUAGGUUGUAUUUAAUGAAUUAUCGUGAGAUAAUUUUCUUGCUAUUUCUUUCUAUAAAUCUGAUUUUGCGAUACUAGAGGAAGUAAGUUUAACGAAAGCAGCGUAAAUUUAAGACAGAAUUACUGACUCUCCUUGUUAAAAAAAAAACACAAUUAUAGUAAGGUAAACUAUAUUUAAAUUGUACAUGAAGUUUCAAGAACGAUAAAGUAAUAGGGUGGCCUAGAGUUUCAUCGAGCUAUUAUUAGAUGGAUGUAUCUGUAUAAAGUUUUGGAUUAGAAGAAAACAAAAAUGCGUGCAAGAUUUGUAAUUGUUCGAGAAAAAGUAAUGUUUCAUUAAGAUUGGUUGUGUAUCGGACUGCAUGUAUUUUGUACGAUUAUUAUCACUUUACAUUUUUAUAGGAUUUUAACGCCUCAUCUGUGCUUAUUAAUAAGUAGUAGAAAGUAAUUUCUCUCCUUUUUUACGUGGUAGUGAUUUUAUUUCGAAUAAGAAGCUGGCGCACUUCAAUAAACGUUCAGAGGGGUGCAUUCUAAACGAUAAGAGAAAAAACAAAAAAUAAAACAAAGUAUUUUUAAAAAACUUCUCAAUCAAACUUACACAAAUCACGGUAAUUUUAAUACCAGCUUAUCGUUAGAUUUCUAAGAUUAGCUUAAUUAUUUUAAUUUAGACCUUUGUAAUUAUAAAUAGUGCAAUCGUCAAAAUCGACGUGGAAUGGAAAGAAAAGCAUCGUUUGAACUGGACAACAACAAUGAUGUACAAAAAAAAAUUAUAUGUAAUCCACUUUGCUUCUCUGUGCAAAACAAGAAAAAAGCAAAAACACCAUUUUUAGAUAUUUCUAAAGAAAAAUAUAGAUAAUGUUACGCAUACGAAAACAUAAUUGCAUUUAUAAGUAACCAUGUGUGAUUUAGUGCAUUGUAGGUGUACAUGUCUAGCAAAUUCUUAAGUAGAUCGAAGGAACAGUUGCAGCAUAUCAUGAUGAAUUGGGAACAUUUGUCACUAAUAUAUAUAAAAAUUUACAUUACA